AUGAUAAAUCCAUUAUUAAGUUCUACUACUACUACUACUACUACUACUACUACUACUACUACUACUACUACUACUACUACUACUACUACUACUACUACUACUACUACUACUACUACUACUACUACUACUACUACUACUACUACUACUACUACUACCACUACUACUACUACUACUACUACUACUACUACUACUACUACUACUACUACUACUACUAUUGUAGUUUAG